GCACAAGCAGGACGCGAUGCGUUGGAUGCUCUACAACGACAGGAGUUCUCGAAUAUUUGGCAAAACUUAUUAUUCUUUAAAAGUUAUUUGAGACUGCAUGUGUAGCGCGCUGAAUUGAGCUUGGUGGAUGAAUAGAAAUAUGAGAUUUUAGCAAGGCUUUAUUGCAUUGGUCAGCAUACACUGAUACAAUUUCUCGAAAAUAUCGUACACAUCUGAAGUUCAGAAGCUGUAAUAAUAAUAAUAAUUAAGAUGCAAGCACGAGAGUUGUUCGUUUCUGCCCCAGGGAAAGUCAUUCUGCACGGUGAGCAUUCUGUCGUGCAUGGAAAGGUCGCUUUGGCUGUGAGUUUGAACCUGCGCACGUUCCUGCGGCUGCAGUCCACAUCAUCCGGUGAAGUGCACAUCAACCUCCCCAAUAUUGACACUUUUCUGUCCUGGGACAUAACUGCACUGCAGCCUCUUCUGGCAGGGUGUAAAGCAGAGCAGGGUGGCCUGAAGGAACUUGAUGCAGAUCUUUUGAAGAGACUGCGUGAAUUCACAGGGAUUUCGGAGGAUUCCACAGACACAAGAAGCAUGGCAGUGUUGGCCUUCCUCUAUAUGUACCUGUCUGUUUUUGCAGAGUCUCUAGCCAGUAUCACGGUGUCCGUGUGGUCAGAGUUGCCCACAGGAGCUGGUUUAGGCUCCAGUGCUGCCUAUAAUGUUUGUCUGUCUGCCGCUCUGCUGUCUGCUAGAGGAAACCUAUCAUAUCCUCUUACACCACAGCAGGAGUCGGCCAGGUGGAGUAAAGAGGAGAUGGAGCUGAUUAACAGGUGGGCGUUCAUGGGUGAGAAGAUCAUCCACGGUAACCCUUCAGGGGUGGACAAUGCUGUGUGCACAUGGGGUGGCUUUUUAAGAUACCAUGCUGGGAAUAUAACUCCACUAAGCUGGGUCCCCAUUCUGAGAAUCCUUCUCACUAACACCAAAGUACCACGUAGCACCAAAGUGCUUGUUUCUGGAGUGAAGGACAAAAUGAACAAGUUUCCCUCCGUAAUGAAGCCAGUUCUGGAGUCCGUCAGCGCUGUGUCCUGCGCCUGUGAACAGACUCUCACAGAGAUGGCCGCGCAUGGACCUUCAGCUGAGCUCUACAACAUACUGGAGGAGCUGAUUGAUAUAAACCAGCACCAUCUGAACGUGAUGGGUGUGGGUCACUCGUCUCUGGACACACUGUGUAGGGUCACUCUGGCCAGAGGCCUGCAUAGCAAACUGACUGGGGCAGGAGGAGGAGGCUGUGGAAUCACUCUCCUACGACCAGAAACAGAUACUUCAGUGAUUCAGAGCACUGUUGAGGAGCUGAAGGCCUGUGGCUUUGACUGCUGGGAGACCAGCAUCGGAGCUCCUGGAGUCCAGCAGCACUCUUCAGCUGCACUCAGUCAGGACAAAUAA